GCACGUGGAAGCUCGGCGCGCCGGGGCAGCUCAGGGCAGGCGGGCAGCAAGCGGCACCGAGUCUCGGGCUGGGAGGCGGCGGAUCUGUGGGGCGGGCCGCGUGUCUCCGGAGCGCCAUGCAGUGGCCGUGCGCCCUGAAGUCGGGGGCCGCGAAGGUGCUGCUGGCGGCAGCUUGCUUGGUGCUGGUGGAUGGCGAAGGGAUUGGACUACUACGGAAUGAAGUUUACCCGAAAGAAGGCAGAGAAGAUUUGGCCGUUUCCCAGCUCCUCCCGGCCCGGGAGAUUUUGCAGCGUGGAGGAGAGCGAGAGGCAAGCGUCGUUGCCGCGUCCUCCGGGGAUAACUUCAGUGAACUCCCUCGAGUUGCCUUCCUGUCCACGCCGCAAGAUGUUGUGACUGCCAAGAAAGAAGGGGCAGGGAAGAAAAGAAGGAAGGGGAAAGGGAAGAAGAGAGACCCCUGCUUGCGAAAAUACAAGGAUUAUUGUUUCCACGGAGAAUGCAAAUACAUCAAGGCACUAAAAGCGCCCUCCUGUGUGUGCCAGCAGGGGUACCAAGGAGCGCGCUGCCACGCCCUCAGCCUCCCGGUGGAGAACCCCUCUCGCAGCUACGACCACACGACAGUCUUGGCGGUCACGGCAGUGGUCCUGUCGUCCCUGUGCCUUAUCAUCAUCGGCGUGUUGCUGGUGCUCAGGUGUCACAAGCAAGGAGUUUAUGAUGUCGAAAGCGAAGAGAAGGUUAAGCUGGGUAUCACGGUCAACCACUGAUGCGCCCUGGGACUGCAAGGGCGCAAGAGCACCUCUGCCUUCACCACCCAGUGGAUAAAACCUUUUUCUAGGACACAUUUCAAAGCCAAAGGGGAGUUUGCAUAAGUAGAAGAGUGCAGUCUCUUCCAACGGGGGGCAUUGUGCUGGAUCUGUGCUGCUUUGAAGAAAGGAUACUGACUCUCCACGUUGGAAGAACUGGCCAAGGAGAGAGACAGGCAGACAGACAUUUCUCUACAGUGGGCUUGUCCCUGAAAUGUGAAGCCACAGCGCAAAGAGAAGAGUUGGCCCUUGCCUUAAUGACAUUGGAAAAGUAGUCUUUGCCAACAAACAGUGAACUGGGAAACUGGAUUCCUUCGGACACCCUCCACCCACCCACCCCCCGCUGAGGAUUUAACUGUGAAAGACUGCUGAAGAAAUCUAACUUUGGGACUUCAUUAAAGAGGGGAAACUAUUUAACAAGAUAUUUCAUGUUAAAUUAUAUAUUUAUUUUAGAUACAUUGUACAUAUUAUUAUUUAUUUAGGGCUUGAUCCUGUCGUCCCCCAGUUGGGGAGGAGAGA